AAUUCGUCAAAAAAUUUUAGUGUCGAAAAAUGGCUUCGUUGCGAAGCCCGUCUUCGCCAUCUGACGGUUACAAAAGGUUCAGUGACGAUUUCGCAAACACCAGCAUCAACAAUUACGGCUCAAAUGUUACAAGUAAACCAGAAGAUAUGAUUUUAUAUGCACUGUAGCCGCAAGAAUCACGCUUUUGUUGUAACAGUACAUUUUAUGCAUUUUAAAAUAAUUGUUUUAAUUCUUCUCACCUACUAGUUACGCUCUGACGAUAUUUCUCAUUUCAUGUCUGUGCUCAUGAGAUCGAUUAACUAUAAUUUUAUGAUGUCGUAAAUGCAUUGUGACGUAAAGGAUGAGUCAUAGAAGGCCUAAGCAAAGCACUAACCUAUGUGUAUAAACAAUAGCCAUACGCUCGACCUAAUUCCAUUCAAAUGCCAGGCUUAUAACAAUGCCGACUGGUCGGAUGACACGACUGUGCUACCAAACACUCGAACCGGCACAGAUAGCGCUGGAGACGGCACGCUGGACAUGGGCAGCCGCUCCUCCCUCCACACGGGGCUCAACAUGUCCGAGGACGAGCACUGGGAGAUGAACUACCAUGAAGCCGCCAUCUACUUGGAGGAAGGCCUUAACAACGAGAAGUUCGACUCGCAUCCGUCGAGUCCUGAGGAGCUGCCUGCAUACUUGCGCGUGCACAACCCCUGGUACCACGGGCUGGAUCUGCUCGCGUCACUGGUGUUGAUACUCCUGGCCUUUACCGAGGACCCUGCUGUACCAGCUUUCGAGUUGCCAGUAUGGGCGCACGGUACUAUAGAGCUGAUGGCUCUGACGGUGAUCGGUGUAGAGCUGCAUCUGAAGCUCAAAUGGAUCGGCUGGGGCACCAUCCUCAAGCAUAAGAGGACCAUGAUCAAGGGUAUAACCCUGCUCAUAAUGGUGCUGGAGGCAGUGGUGGUGCUGUGCAGACAGUCAUCUCACUUCCGCGUAACCCGGGCGCUCCGCCCCAUCUUCCUGGUGGACACGAGGCACUGCGGCGGCGUCAGGCGGUUCAUAAGACAGAUACUGCAGUCAUUGCCGCCUAUCGUUGAUAUGCUGGGUUUGCUAAUGUUCUUCGUAGUAACGUAUUCGUUGCUGGGAUAUUAUUUAUUCUCUGAACACGUGGACAACGGACACUUCCAAACUAUCAGCGAUUCCUUUGUCAGCAUGUUCGUCUUGCUUACCACUGCCAAUUUCCCAGAUGUGAUGAUGCCUUCGUACGCUAAGUCCAAGUGGUACGCGCUGUUCUUCAUACUGUACAUCAUCACUGUUCUCUACGUUCUUAUGAAUUUGAUGUUAGCUGUAGUAUACGAGACGUUCACACGCAUCGAGCGCGAGAAAUGUCGCGCGUUGCUGCUACACCGGCGGCGCGCGACGCGACACGCGUUCAGGCUGCUCGUGUCGCGCCGGGCCCCGCUGGCGGUGCGCCUGCGGCACUUCGCCGGACUCAUGAGGCAUUACGCACCGCAUUACAGCGGUCUGGACGUGUACCUGAUGUUCAAGCAGCUCAACCAGUCCGGCUCUGGCGGGCUGUCUCGGCCAGAGUUCGCCAACCUGUACGAGGUAUUCGCACUGCGCUGGGCUCCGCAGCAGUCCCGCGCGCCCUGGUAUUCCGAGUCGGUGCUGGAGCCCGUGGGCCGCGCCGCCGCCGCCGCCGUGCGCUGGCCUUACUUCGAGUAUCUGAUAUAUGCGCUGAUCAUCGGUAACGGGAUAUCCAUGGUGCUGCGAGUGUGCGAGGCCGCGGGGGACCUGCAGGACAGCGCCAGGUUGCUGUGUGCAUCCUGGGACACCUGGUUAUUCCUGAUUUUGUUCCUGCUAGAAGCUGGUCUCCGUAUGAUGGCGUCGGGCCUGCACGCGUAUCUGGAGAGCGGCUGGAACGUGUUCGACCUCAGCGUGACCUUACUGGCCCUUAUGGGCGCUGUGCUGCUCAGCAUCGCGCCCAAACUGUUCAUCGUGGUCAUCUUCCGACCACUUAGACUGAUGAGGCUGUACAAGUUAAAGAAGCGGUACCGCGACGUGUUCGGCACGCUGGUGCUGCUGUCGCCGCUCAUGUCCUCAGCCGGCUGCGUGAUGCUCGUCAUGUAUUACUUCUUCGCCAUCGUCGGCAUGGAGCUGUUCGCCGCCUACGACCUCAGGAACUGCUGUGUAAAUACAACAGUAGAAGAUUUCUACAAGUGGUCGGAGAACGCGUCCACGCCGCUGGGCUACUACUACUUGAACAACUUCGAGAAUAUUCUCACCAGCGGCGUCACCCUGUUCGAACUGACCGUCGUCAACAACUGGUUCAUCCUAAUGAACGCGUAUGCCACUGUCGCUGGUCAGUUUAGCAGAGUCUACUUCAUGGUAUUCUACCUGUUCACGAUGGUGGUGCUGACAAUCGUGGUGGCCAGCGUGCUCGAAGCCUUCAGGUUCAGGAUACAGUACAAGCGCAGUACUACUAAAAGAGACGAGGAGAAGUUAUUGCACGAGGAAGUGCACACGAACUGGGAGGAAGCUCAGAGGUUAGGAGCCGUUGGGGACCUCGCUGACCAGCUGAGGCCUUACUUGCCUCCAGGGGCUGACGUGACGUUCAUCGGGUCCCGGCCGCGCACGAAGGAGGUGCUCCAGCGACGCAUGUACCAGACUGAAAUACAGAAGUGGCUAGCCGAGGAGGAUGAGAAUGAAGGCCUCCCUCCCUCAGCCACACUGACUUCCAGCGAAGACCCGCUAUCACCACCGCUGAUUCAACAGCCCGAUGGAGAUAACACUCAGCUUAGACCUGCAUACGAGUUGUAGAAUUUAAUCUACACAGCACUACAUGAUAGGCUGACCGCGGUAUGGGACGCGGUCACCUGGUUAUGAUGAACUUUGCGCGGGAUUUUAGGCGUAUAACCUAAAAUAUUUGGUAAGUGACAUGUGACAGUAAGUGUUACCAUAUUAAGGUACCCUGUUUUUUCCAAUAAUUAUUUUAAACAAGGAUUUUUAUUGCAAGUUGUUUUAAAGUAAGAAGUUAUGAAAGUACAAGUUUAAAAUAAAGUGAAAUUACUAUCAGAAAUAGUAACUACUUAUACAAUUUUAUUUUUGAUAUUAAGUUGGUGUAAUAGUCUCUGAUAACUUGCUAAUAUCGAUUUAACUUUUUUUGGAUGUAUUGCCGAACUAUCCCAUUUAUUUACACUAAUAUUGUAACUGAAGUAUUUUAAUUAGAAACUGUGAUAGUGUUACAAGAAAAAUCUUCGAAUAUUUAUUUAUUUUUAAAAUUGUUUUAUUAUAAUUUUUAUUUAAAGGAAUCAUAUUAAUAUGAAAUUAAAAUAAUAAGUACAAGUCGUAAGUCGUAUUUUAAACAAAGGCGUGGUGUGUUGAGAAUUUUAUAUUUUAAAACAUAAGCUACCCUAGUUUUUUUUUAAUAAUAUAUUUAUUAGGCCAACAUUCUAACUAAAUACUCUAGUAUCUUUUUAUGUUUUAUAUUUCUUCUCAGCUUCGACACACUACGUUCAGUUUUAAUAUAAUUUAGUCAAAUUCAUUGUAAUGUCUCAAAUACGAGAUUAUACUUUGGUUGUAUUAUUUAAAUCAUUAAUUUAAUAAGUAAGUAAUAUAUUUGAGUUUUAUAUUUAGUUUUAAUGCGUACCUAAGGUUAGUUGUUUUAGCAGCUAGCAUUGAAAACGAAUUUUACAAAGUGACGAUAACUUAAAGAAAUAUUAAAUUGUAAAGAGUAAGAA